CAGAUUCCCAGGGAAAAAGACUGAUAGAGUUCCUUUUUAAUCGUAAUGGCAUGUUUAACUGAUUGCGGACAGCAACAUAAGGAUCAGAAUUAUUUAAAAUGGCAGAAAGUCGGCUUGUCUUAACUAGUGUAAGACUAGACGAACUUAACUGUGCGGUAUGUUUACAGACCUUAACAGAUCCGCGUGUGAUAGGUUCAUGCCAGCACAUGUUUUGCCUGAAAUGUAUUUUAGAUUACGUGUCCGCAAGUUUAUCAAACAACGAAAGUGAUAUCAAAUGCCCGUAUUGCAGAAAAAAGAUAGAUAAAGAUAAACAGUAUUUUUCGGAUAGAGUAAAUGAUCGCGAAAGUUGGCAGGUAUGUUUUCCGAAAAAUAUAAUUGUUCAUGAAGUCAUCGACAAGUUAAAAUCCGAAGAUGAAUAUUGCAAAUUGCACUUAAACAAAAUUAAUGAACAUGUUUGCGUGAAUCACUCAAUGUUGAUUUGUGGGGAUUGUCUGCGAACGGAACAAAAAGAAUGUAGAAACGUGCAGAGUGUUGAGGAAUACACGCCCAAAUAUUCUGACCUUGUGCAGUUUGACAUUGAAUUACUGAACAGUGAAACAGAAAAACAGAUCGGAAAAAUUUCAAGCUUAUUACGUAGAAAUGAACAAUGCAAACAGGCAACGGGUAUUGAAAAGCAUGAUUUAACAAUAAGUCUUCAAACUGCAAAAUUAAAGCUAGCAAAACUUCAACAAAACCAUGCAAACGACAUCGAAAAAUUUAAGAAAGAUAUUCAAAAUGCAUCGAAUAUUUAUGCAAUUUUACAUUGUUCUUUAGAGAUAACAAAGAGGCGACAGGAACAACAAAAGGAUAUAGAUGUCGUUAUUGAUGACCUAGAGAAAAGUUAUUCCAGACAUCAAGCAGCUGUUGAGCAGAAAGAGAAUCGUUUACGCAAACAAAAAUCAUCUGUUAAAAAUCAUGAAAAUAACGUUAGCUUAAGAAAAUCAUCUGACAUGCGACAGCAAUUUGACACAUCGGCUACACAUGUCCAAGAAAUUCAUAUGAGUGCUGAAAGUGGAAGACAUACUAGCUACAGAAUGCGAUUUGAUAAUCGCCCAAAGACAGCAAAGAUACAGACUACUCGUCUAUUGGAUAAUGGUGGAAAUAACAGUUCUCGACGGGAAAAAAUUGAUAUUUCAUAUAUUCCAAGAAGGUCAUCAGUAAGCACCGCGAAUUUGACAGAGGUAAAAACAGUUUUUGAAUACAGGAGCGAUGAAGCACGAAGAAGUAGGUUCACGACUGACAAAAGAUGUUCGAAAAGGUCUGGAAUUGUCGAAAACUCAAUAAAUACAAGACAGCUGCCUCUCCCUUCCGUUGAGGCGGUAAGCAGGAGAGCUCUUAGUAAUGCAAACGUUUUGCCACCUAUUAGAAGUAAAACGUUUCUAUAAAACCGUUACUUUGUCAAUUAUAAAAGUAUCGGUGUCUUUAUUUAUUCAAAAAAGAAUAACAUAUUAAAUAUUGAUUACACCAUUUCUUAACACAUUGGAAGAAAGCGAAUUGUAUAAAAACGUUAUGAAACGAAACAUUUUUAAAUUAAGUUUUGCUUAAAGCAUUAUCUUUGGUCAUCUUGUAUAUAAAGUUGUAAAGUGAUGAUUAACAUUACCUUAUAAUAUUGUUGAAGUGCUUUUUUGAGAGUUUUCAUGAACUAUUAGGAUUUUGUUUUGAUCACGUCUGUUUUGUUUAAAACACACAUAUUUCGCACUUUCGUUCUCACAAAAUUACACAUUGUCACAA